GAGGCCGCUGUCCCACAACGCAUACUGCACGAGGACCUGAAACAUCUUCCUACCUAAUAGUGUGGGUGGAGCGAAACGCCAGGACUCGAGAGUCCCAGACGACUAGGUUCAAAUCUCGCCUCCAGUUACAGAUCUCUCUCGCCCUGUGAUGCAUUGGCACCCUGGGUGUCCGGUUGGAAUUCCUGCCCCCGUGUCACCCUGGUCAGGACUGAUGAAGUUUCGGUAAAAUAUCGACCCUGAUUUGGAGACAUCCGAACUCUCGGUGCUCCGCUGCAGAGUCGAGUCACAUCGGUAUGCUCAGAGUGCCAACGUCUAUUAUUAGCACCCCAACUCCAGGCUUCAGAGAGCGAGGAAGGAUCUUCAGAGGGAUUUAGGUUCGGAUUUCACUCGGUGGUGAACUGUUUGGUUUGGGUCGAGUCCUGUGGCAACCGGAGAACGAUGCCUCUGCACCGAACCCGAGAGAAGAAGCAGGAGCGACGGCUAACGCUCAGUCAGCGGGCGUCCACUCCUCCUGAUCGGGGAUACGAAUCAAGACGCCGAGGAGCAGAAAGGAACUCUCCAGAUACCCUCCACAGAGACGACCUCCACACCAUGCUCCUUCCGUCCCACUGCGACUCCCUCUUCACCUCGUUCCACGAUUUAAAAGCUCGCGGCUUACUGCUGGACUGCACCCUCCAGGUCUCCGGUCACUCCCACCGGGUUCACAAACUCGUUCUCGCUUCGGUCAGCCGGAAAGCGGAAGAGUGGCUGAGCUCCGGGGAAACGAGGGUGGACGUCGACGAGCUGGCGGAGCCCGGGGGCGGCGUGUCCCCCGCGGGACUGGACGCCGUGCUGUGCUUCGCUUACUCUGGAGAAGCGGACGAAGCCAGAGAUCCGAAGGAGGCCCUGCUAGCCUGCGGGUGCUUGGAGGCAGAGCGACUGGCGCAGGUCCGCAAGGCUGGGAAUCCACCUAACGGAAGGGUGGAGAGGGGAAGAAACCUCGACGUGAUCAAGACACUUUGGGAGAGACGUGUAGGUUGCGACGUCAUCAUGGAGGCUGACUCUGGAGAACAAAUCCCAGCUCACCGCAUCGUUCUCGCCGCAGGGGGGGACUACUUCCGAGCUCUUCUUUGCGGAGGGUUACGUGAAUCCAACGAAGAGGUGGUGCGUCUCCGGGGCGUAGCAUCCCCGGUGCUGAGAUCUCUGCUCGAGUUCAUCUACACCGGACAGUUAAGACUGAACUGGCGGAACGUCUGGGAGCUGACGGAAGCAACGCUGCAGUUCCAGCUUCCCGGGGCGAACACGCUGUGCCUGAAAUUUCUUCGGGAUCGCAUGGAUGACACGACGUGUCUGGACGCUCUGCUUCUAGCGGAGACUUUCGGGCUGGAGGAGCUCCGCAGGGCUGCGGUGGAGUACGCUUUGGGACACUUUCAGGGGCUCUUGGAGACGGAGAACUUUAAGGAUCUCAGCUGCACUUUGCUGGAGCGUCUGCUCGACGGCGACGAGCUAAUCGUCGACUCUGAGGUGGUGGCGUUCCGGGCUGCGGUGAGCUGGGUAGAGGAGGAUCAAGCACUCCGAUUAAUCAGUCUACCACAGCUUCUCCAGAAGAUCCGAUUCCCCCUAAUGACCCCACAAGAGCUGCAGGAGGUUCAGGGCUGCAGACUGCUGCGGAGGAUUACAGAGGGAAGAGAAGUCUUGGACGCCGUGAGGAAGCUUCUGGAAGGCCAACACGGCGCGUUAGGAUGUAAGCCACGUGUUCCAAAGCAGGCGCUGGUGUUGGUCGGAGGCGACAGCGUGGAUGACAAUCUGGAGCGCCGGGAGACGAACAGUCGCUUGUGGUUUGCUCGGCGCUUCCUGGCUGGCGAGGAGCUCAUCCGGACGAUACAGUGGAGGCCCCUGGCUCGGCUCCCGGACCCCCCUCGACUCCGGCACUGCGCGUGCGUUCUUAAUAACGACCUGUACGUACUGGGGGGUCGCAAGUACUACGGGAAGCUGGAUAUACUCAAAUCUGCGGUGAGAUUUACCCCUGGCCAGAGGAAGUGGGAGCGUUUGGCAGACAUGGCCAACCCCAGGGACUAUUUCGCAGCCGUGUGUCAAGGAGGCAAGGUGUUCGUCCUGGGCGGCAACCGUGAUGACACGAACUACCUAGACGUGGUUGAGUACUACACACCAGAAGACGAUACCUGGAGGACGGCUCACCCUUUAGACACGCCCGUCUGUGGCCACGCUGCUACCGUUCUGGACGGUGAGAUCUUCGUGUCGGGCGGUUGCGACACUCGUCUGCGCUGCCUCUCCUCCCUGCGGCGCUACGACCCAGUCGACGGCUGCUCCGCCCGAGCCCCCAUGACGUGCGGAUCCGGACGUGCGGGUCACGUGAUGCUGGCCGCAGGAAACCGGCUGCUCGUGGCAGGAGGGCUGCAGCCCAUGCGCCCGGGUUUCGGAGACCAGUUACAAUGCGAGGCGUACAGUCCGGCGUGCGACUGCUGGACGCGCCUCGCCCUGCUGCCUCGACCCCACUUAUCUCCCGCCGCCACGUCCGUCGACGGCCGGCUGUACGUCCUGGGCGGCUCCUCGGCCGACACGGCGCGCGACACUCCGUGGGUGUAUCGUUACGACCCGCAGGAUGAUUCCUGGGAGAAACUGGGAACUAUGCCGCGGCCGUAUGCCGACCUGGCGGCAUGUACGCUUCAGUUACCCACAAACCUCUGGGGCUAGGCUGCCUUCACAUGGACGCUGUUGUUCUCCAUUAAAUGCAGUGAGAAGUAUCUGUUGAUGGACUGUACGCGGCGGCAUUAGAGAUGAGAAUGGUUCAUUUAGGCAUGCACUUUUUAGACGCUCCCUUACUUCUUUCAUUCAGUUUAAUCUUUAUGCACUUUUUAGACGCUCCCUAAUUUCUUUAACGCAGUUUAACCUUUAUGUGCUUUUUAGACGCUCCCUUAUUUCUUAGAUUCAGUUUUAGGUUCACGCACUUUUUUGACGCUCCCUAACUUCAACACAGUUUAAUCUUUAUGCAGUUUUUAGAUGGUCCCUUACUGAAAUGCAGUUUUUUUUUUCAUGGACUUAUAAGACGCUCCCUUACUUCUUAGAUUCAGUUUAAGCUUCAGGCCCUUUUAAACGUUCUCUAACUUCUUUAUGCACUUUAAGACGCUCCCUUACUUCAAUGCAGUUUAACAUUUAUGCACUUUUUAGACGCCCCCUUAGUACUUCACUGCAGUUAAACCUCAUAUUUUAUUUUAUUUUGGGAGGGGGAGUCCUGAUGCUUUAUAUUACUAAUUAUAAAAGCAUGUAUUGGUUUCUGAAUCUCUUCUAGGGUAGGAUUUGGGUGGUCAAGGGUGCCAGGCUUUUUUUUUUAUUUAUUUUUUUUUUUUUAUUGAGGCACCAAGUGCAAUGCAGUUCCACCAAUUUACCACCAGGUGGCGCCAAAUAUUCAUUCUAGUUUACAUAAAGGGAGCAUUAAACUCUGAACACGACUGAUUUAGAUUUAAAUGACUAUUAUUAUAUAUUAUUUUUAUUUUAAUUUAACUUAAAGCACAAUUUAGACUUUUAACAUCAGAACUGCUUAAAAUAUUCAUGAAAAUGAGUCGUUUGUGUUAAAAUAAAUGCAUUUUGACCUCCAUGUAUUAAUAAAGCUGUGU